UUUUCCGAACCAAAUCCCUCAAAUUUUAAUCAGAAAUCGAACCAAAGAUCCAAAGUUGGAAACUUUUACUUAUUGCAAUUUCCUCUCAAAACUUACUAUUUUUCCGGGCGAGUUUCGCUGUUUGUUGUGUCUGAUCUCCGACAGCAAAAGAGUUUAGUCUUAAAGAUUCUGUUUUUUUUUUUUUUUUACCGAAUUGGGGGUGUUCUAUUGAAGUUUCCGCGAAUUAGGGUUUCCGCGAGGACUCUGUUUAGGAGCUGUGGAGCUUGGAAUUGGUGAAUUAUACGGGCUUUUGUUGAGGUGGAGGAAUGUUUUAUUCGCAGUUUAUAUUAGCAAAGAAAGGACCACUUGGGACGAUAUGGAUCGCGGCCCAUUUGGAGAGGAAGCUUCGUAAGAAUCAGGUCGCUGAUACUGACAUUGGAGUCUCCGUUGAUUCUAUUCUCUUUCCGGAAGCUCCAAUUGCUCUGCGACUGUCUAGUCAUCUCCUCCUUGGUGUGGUUCGUAUUUAUUCCAAAAAGGUCAAUUACCUCUUUGAUGAUUGCAGCGAGGCACUGCUUAAGGUUAAGCAAGCUUUUCGCUCUGCUGCGGUUGACCUACCCCCUGAAGAAUCCACAGCGCCGUACCACUCUAUUACGUUGCCUGAGACAUUUGAUCUUGAUGAUUUUGAGCUCCCUGACAACGAGAUCUUUCAGGGUAAUUACGUUGACCAUCAUGUUAGUACAAGAGAGCAGAUCACCCUUCAGGAUACCAUGGACGGUGUUGUAUUCUCAACAUCUCAAUUUGGGUUAGACGAACGAUUUGGUGAUGGCGACACUGCUCAAACCGCUUUGGAGCUCGACGAGGAAGUAUUCCAGGAUAAGGAUCUUCUUGGAUCCGAUGAUGAGGCAGUUCAAGGCAAUGAUCACAAUGCAUAUCCGGAUGCGGCUACACCAGAGAUAAAGGACGAAAUGGUAGAAGUUUCUGAUGCAAUGCCCAGAGAUUUCAAUCAAGAGCAGGUUGAAGAUCUUGUAGUGGGUGAUGAGUUCAUGGAAGAUGCUCAAGCUCCUCAAACCCCUGGACUAGUUGAGGUGCCAAACUUGUCUAGUGUCAGAGAUCAGCUGGCAUGCGAUGAUCACAUGGAGGUAGAGGAUCCGAACGCAGAAGAAGUUAGGAAGGCCUCUGGAGAGCCGGAUGCUAAUGAGCCCUCUGAAUAUCCUGCCGGAGAAUCAGCAGUUGCUCCCAUGGAGGUGGAUAAGUCGUUGAUAAAUGAAACUAUCGACGCACAAAACGAGCCACAGGAGGAGAGGACAGAGCAUGUGCAUGUUACAUCGCCAUGUGUUUCUCACAUCACCAAUGAAAUGGAGAAUCCUGGUCAAGUAAUCACUGAGUCAGGAACCAAUGUCAUAACAGAUAAGUCAGAUGCUGUUCCUUCAGUUGAGUCCCCUGGAGAGCCUACGAUGAGUAAUGCUGAGCAUUGUUUAACUCAAGAACCAAAAGAUCCUGGAGAAGAGAACCAAGAUCAUUUUGCCAUUACCACUGAGGUCAAUCAGGAAACAGAUUCUAGUUUACAAGUAGAUGAGCAGCUGAACAACGCACGGGCAACUGAUGAAGGGUUGGGAGAUCUGACUGGAUCGGCUGAUACUGAUUUGCCUGCACCUGAGAAGGUAUUAGCUGCACCUAACGGUCUGGGGGACGAAAAUGGUUGUAUGGUUGAACUUGAAUCAACACCAGAUAAAGAAGACACUGGCACAUGUAACGGGGACGCAGGAAAUAAUAACAUUACUGGGAAGAAACGCACUUUUACAGAAAGCACACUAACUGCAGAGAGUUUGAACUCUGUUGAGUCAGUUGGAUUGAUUCAGUCCAAGAGAACUGCAAAUUCUGUUCCUGAUGACGACGACUUGUUGUCUUCUAUCUUAGUUGGAAAGUCAUCUUUUCUGAAGAUGAGGUCUACACCUGUGCUUGAAGUAGCAACUACAAAACGGUUAAAGUCUGCUCCUCGUUCUACUACCACAAAGAGGAAGGUUCUAAUGGAUGACCCUAUGGUCUUGCAUGGCGACCUUAUACGGGAACAGCUGACAAACACGGAAGGUAUACGCCGUGUGCGUAAGAAGGCACCUUGCACCAUCCCUGAAAUCUUGAUGCUUCAAAGACAGGCUUUGGAGGAGGAUGGGCUUUUUAAGGAGCCAAUAUUCACUGGUAUGUCAGUGGAAUUAGUAUCUCUGCACAAUGAGCCGUAUGAUCUAAGAGGAAUCACAGUAAUCAAGGAGGAUGACGGCCAUGCUUCUGUUGAAGUGGUGGAAGGUAAUGAAUGCUCAGUUAGGGCUGUGGAAGAAAAAGACGCUGAGGAAAGGUCUGCUCCUCAAACACACCCAAAUGAUUCUGAGGAGCAACCUGCUGAGGCUCAUACUCAGCCACAAGACCAACAAAUUGUAGACCAAGAUGAAGAAGGAAAAAAAGAUAACGAGCUUGGUGAGAAUAUAUGUGACUUGGAAGCUUUAAAUGAAAGCAAUGUAGCUGGUGACGAAGCAAAUCAUGUAGUGAAUGAAGAGAUCAGUGAAAUGCCAUCUGAAGACAAAAUCGAUCGUGUAGAGGAUUUACAGGUGGAAGGAUACCUUGAAAACCAUGAUGGAGGCCUAGGCGGUCAAGAUGUUUGUGAUGUUGUUAUAGAAAUUGCUGAAGGCGAUGUAGAUAACAACACCACUCUCAAUGAGACAGACUUGAAAGUUGAAGAUGAAGAUAAGAAGACGGAUGAUGCCUCGGCUGAAGUUAUUGAGACUGGGAUAGACGACCAGACUCCAUGCGAUAACACAAUUGUUGAAGAAGCUGGUGGUUCUAGUAAUCUAGCUUCGGAAAAAAAUUGCAAGGAACCUCUUGUGGAAGAAAAUAAUGAUGGAGUGAUUCCUGAGAUAGAGUCUGAUAGAUACAAUGAGAUUUUUACUGAGGAGGCUUAUAUGCAAAGUGCACCAGAUGGGGAACCUACUUAUGGUCUUAUGAGAGAUAAUGAUGAAAUGGAUAUCAUGGAAGUUGCACAUGACACAGGAUUUUUGAACAUGGAUGAUGAUGAAGUAGAUGAAGAUCACGAGGACGAUGGUGUGGAAGAGGGUGAUGAAGCUCGUCUUCUAGAGAACAGUGGAUGGUCUUCUCGUACCAGGGCUGUGGCGAAGUAUCUUCAGACGAUAUUUGAUAAAGAAGCCGAGAAUGGGAAGAAUGUUAUUGUAGCAGACAAACUUUUAGCUGGGAAGACCCGUAAAGAAGCAUCAAGAAUGUUUUUCGAAACACUGGUUUUGAAAACAAGGGAUUACGUCCAAGUUGAGCAAGCUAAGCCAUAUGAAAGCAUCAUCAUAAAACCGCGACCAAAACUCACCAAAUCCAUCUUCUAAAAUGGAGAAGACGAGUCUCUCAUAGUUGCAGAUAGGUAGUUUGGUCCCAGUCCGAGAAACAUCAUAUCCGAAAAUGAUUGUCCCUUCUUCUCUAAAGUUUAUACAUUUCCACUCUUUUAAGCCAAUGAAGUAGUAAUAGUAUCAGUGCCUGGUGUUGUAGCUCUUAACCACCAUCCAAGUAGCUGGAGGAGGUUGAUAUGUUUGUUAUUUUUAUUUUAUCUUUAUACAUAAGAGUUGUUGUUGUAUGUGUAUAUAUAUUGGUGCCACCAUGAUCAUUGAUCACCACCAGUUUUACAUUUGAGACAUGCUAAUUUUAUCUUCUUUGAAUAA